UGAUUUCUGCAUUAUAUUCCAUUUCAAUGCUGGUAGUUAGGCUGGAAAUAACACACCCAAUUUAUGACAGGAAACUGCACAUCCACAUUGGUGAGAAACCAUCUGCCAAUAUAGACAAAGCUGGAGAUAAGUGUAACGGGUUGAGGGAUGUGUGUUUGCUCAUCGGCUGAGCUACAGAUACUUUAUCUGCGCAUGUACUUGUGUGCUCAUGUUCUCUCCAGUGCAGGAGCUGGCCGACAGCCGAGGCACAGGGCACUGCUGGACAGUGAACUCUCUCACCUUGUCUCUACACAGGAACGUUGACCACUGCCAGUGAGCACAUGCUGUUAUAACUGCCAGCUUACAACAUUAAGAGGCACUCACAAUAUUUGCUCUUUCUAGCAAAACAGGUUCAGUUUAUGUUCUCUCAUAACAGUCAGCCUGGCGAGCCAAAAGCGCGCGCUCUCUAACAUGGUGACAAACCAUGCCACGGACAUAUCCUAGCUAUGCUGUCUAUGAGCUCACAAAUACAUCUAGACUCUUAAAAAUAGGCUCAAGUACUUUCUCACUGAGGCUGCUGCGUCAGCACUGACGUCUCCUAGAUAAGCUACUGUGCAUUAGCAAAGGUGUGGCCCAGCUACCUGACUUUGCCACUGGCUGUGCACUACAGGUGUAACCUGCUCACCCCAUUCAUCCAGACAUAAUCUAGCAAACCAAGUAUUCUCUUCUGAGUGUGAGGGUGCCAUCACAGUCUGAAUUCAUUUGCAUGUUAGAAGAGCAGCAUCCUAAAUUACUCCUACCGACAUACAGAAAACUGUGUGCUUGCGCGCACACAUACACUCACAAUAGCGCAGACUGACCCACUUCUAGCCUGGGAAUAUAAGAAUGCUAAGGCAUUUAACAGACCAGGCUGCAAGGCUUUAGUGUGAUCACACAUUUUGUUGGAAUUUCUGGAAUGCUGAUUAUAAUUCAGGUUAUCCUUAACAUUUUAAAGUAGAUCAACUGUUAGUCGUUAAAACACAAUUCUUUGUCUCUACUCUUUAUUUCGUAGUUGUUCUUAACAAAAAGAGCCAUGUGGUUGUAAUAAAACUGGGACUCUUAAAAUAAAUGAGGAAUGUGUUUCUACAGGAACUGCAUAAGUGGAACACAUGACCAGAUUUCCUUAUGCCUUCUGGUGACCUGAUGGACUUGCUUGCCAAUGAUUUUUUUCUUUUCUUUUUUACAUCGGAGGACCAGUGUGGCCAGUGAUUUGCACCUGUUGCCAUGAACAGAUGUUUGGAACAAGGAACCUGUUUAUUGUGUACUUAUUUAAGACCUUGAUGCGAAGCUACUAAAGGAUCCAUAUUCACUCCAUGACCAAAUCAAAUAUGACUUCCGCAAGUCAUUAGAUCUGGACGAGGAGGGAUGUAUCCUCGACCCUAUGAAGAGAGCAGGCCUAAAGGAGUGUGGGUUCAACACCACAGCCAAGACCAUCUUUAUCAUACAUGGCUGGACGAUGAGUGGAAUAUUCGAGAGCUGGAUGCACAACCUGGUGGCAGCUGUGCAGCAGCGAGAGCCAGAAGCCAACGUGUUCGUCGUGGAAUGGUUGAACCUCGCCCAUCAGCUCUACCCUGACGCUGUCAAUCACACGCGACGUGUGGGACUAAGCAUUGCAGACCUGCUUAACUGGCUCCAGGAGGAGGCAUCUAUGCCAUUGCAGAAUGUUCACCUGAUCGGUUAUAGCCUUGGGGCACAUGUUGCAGGCUAUGCAGGCACUUUUGUGAAGGGCACAGUUGGAAGGAUAACAGGCUUAGACCCAGCAGGACCCAUGUUUGAAGGAGCAGAGUCGCAUCGGCGCCUUUCUCCCGAUGACGCUGACUUUGUUGACGUCCUGCACACAUACACACGAGAAGCCCUGGGCGUCAGCAUUGGCAUCCAGCAGCCAAUAGGAGACAUCGACAUCUAUCCAAAUGGGGGAGACGUCCAACCAGGAUGCGCAUUGGGUGAUGUGGUGGCAUAUGCUGGUGGUGGUUUUCUGGAUGUGCUGAAGUGUGAGCACGAAAGAGCAGUGCACCUGUUUGUGGAUUCUCUGAUGAACAAGGAGCAUGUCAAUUAUGCGUACCAGUGCACUGACCCGGACCGCUUCAAGAAGGGCAUCUGCUUGAGCUGCCGCAAGAAUCGCUGCAAUAACAUGGGUUACAACGCCAAGACAAUGCGCAAGAGGAGGAACAGUAAGAUGUAUCUGAAGACCCGUGCCGACACACCCUUUGGAGGUUACCACUACCAGAUGAAGAUGCAUGUAUUCAACAGAAAGCACUCCGAUGAUGCUGACCCUACCUUCAAAAUCAAACUCUUAGGGGAGCACAACGAUACUUCAGACCUCUUUGUCAACUUACCAGACAAAGUGGGCCUGAACUUCACCAACACAUUCUUGGUGUUUGUUGAGGAAGAAAUUGGUGAGCUUCUGAAGAUCCAGCUAAGCUGGCAAGAUCCUGCAGAAUCUCUCUCAUCCUUAUGGAAAAACUUCUGGUCCUGGUCUAGUCAGUCGUCCAAUCAGGUGCUACAAGUUCGCCGGAUUCGUGUAAAACAUGGAGAGACUCAGAAAAAAUACACGUUCUGUCUUCAAGACUCUUCUGAGAAUGACAUCACACCAGGAAAGCAUCUGACCUUUGUGAAAUGUCGCGAUGGCUGGGAGGUGAAGCCAAGCAAAAGAUUCCACAUGUGAAAUGAAGGCACUUCACCUGGUCGUCUUAACUGGUACUGCUGCUACACCCAGAGCACUUUGUUGGGCUCACAGAGGACUGAGAAUUGGGCCUGAGAGUUUGAGGGAAGGGCUCGGGAUCUGGGAGAGACUCACCACACCACUCAUCUCUUGUGCAAAUGUGCACGGUUUUGCCCUGAGGGGUGGACUGGUGAUUGGCAUCAUUUUUCAUACUUGACCGCUCAACCUCUGAUCAGAAUUUACACGUCUUUGUGUACCAAAAGGUCAUACUAGAAUGGUCAUUAUUUUUGUAAGUGUUUAUUUAUAUUUAAAAAAAAACAAAUGCACUGAAGUCAGGUUAAUUUAUGAACUUGAUGCACAGCCUUUAUGCAGGCACACAUUCAUUCUUUGCUUAAGGAGUGUUCAGUCACAGGCAGUGGAGCUCAGUAUUUUGAAGAAAGAGAAUGAAGUGUCUGAUAGGUCAGUCUUUUUGAGAAGUGUCAAUUGUUGUAUUGUAUUGUUGAAAUGUUAUGUAUUUGUGUAUAUAAUGUACAUAAUUUAAAAAAUAAACUCAUUUCUUGUA